UAAAGAGCGUUCCGUAACUGAUAAGUGGCGUCGUUGUAGCCCCGGCGGUGUAAGAGAUACACAAGGCAGUGGCACAAAUGCUGGCUGCAACGCUGCAUGUACUCUUGGUGUGUUGUCUGACAAUGAGCGGUGUUGGUGAUAAACUAAUUUUUUAAUUAUUCUCUUGUCAACGGCAGUGGAGAAAGAUACAAAAAGAUUAUUAAUGAAUGUACGUAACAGUGAGUGCGAUAGGGGUGUUUUAUGUGGGGCUAAUAAGCUGCAACGAUGUUUAAUGUACCGCCAAAAUUUUACGAGCUGUGUCGCCUUUGUUUAUCGUCGGACGGUGUAAAAUUAUCCAUUUUUGACGAAGAGGGCACGCAGCGUAACUUCGCUGACAAGAUACUUACGUGCCUAUCGAUAGCGGUGAAUGAUGGGGACUCUCUUCCACCAAUCAUAUGCCAUCGCUGUGUGUACAAGUUAGAUGUACUUCAUAACUUCCGUGAAGUAUCUCGCAAGUCUGAUGUCAUCCUGAAACAGUAUCUGGAUUAUGCCAUGCAACUGUCUAACGGAGACCAGGACAAUCAAUCUUUCUCCACUGCCAAAGUAGCAGACUUAAGUCCGCUCCAGUCGUUUCUUCAAUUGAACAAAACCCUUUUCAAUGAGAAGCCCAAUUCUCCAGCCAGUAUUCAAAAUGUAUCGCCGUCAACGCAGACCCAUCACUUAGAAUUACGCACGAAGGAGAUGCCCGAGCAAGACGCGAUAAAAUGUGAACCAGAAGAUGAUACGUGCUCAAACAGUUCCGACCCAGAGAGAUUGGAGAUCGAAGAUCGUGAUCCUGAAUCUGAUGGGGAAGAAAAUGGCUAUGACAUGACUGUUAGUAAGAGGGUCAAAUUGGAUACUGGAUACGAAAGUUCUAAACAAAGUACACCCAAUCGAAGUCCUGUUAAUAGAAUGGACACUCCCGAAAGCAACUGUUCUGACACACACAUCGAUCAAGAGACAACAAAACUUUGGCAGGCACUUGCAAAAAGUUUGGAAAUAACAAGGACAAAUGGUGAUAAGUUGAACAACGGGUUUAGUGGUGAAGCAACUAAUUUGUUGCGCUCUCUAAUCAACAAUAGGCAGAUCGGUAUCACUGCCGUUGAGACUGGCAAAGUGUCUCCGCAGAUACGAUUCUACCGCGAUACCCAGGGUACAACAAUUGAGCGAACAAUGCCAGAUUGCUCUGUGCUUGGAAAUCGCACUAAUAUGUCAUGCAUCGAUAACAAGAGUACUUCCAUGGAUAGUAAUCCUCCCAGUCCUGCUAGUGUGGGAAAGAAAGAGACAAAGGGUAGGCGAAAACAAAGUUAUCCCAGUAAAGCCCCUGCCAGUCCAGAUCUGAUUAAUUAUCACCACGAAUCCAGCGAAGAACAGGCUCAUGAUUUCACUGCUUGGUCUAAUAAAAUGAAAGGAAAGGUCGGUGAGCAGAAACAGUUUGAUCCGCACAGUGGAAACAUUGCUAAAAAAGUUGACAUGUCUUGUACAAAUUGUGGGACUAUGACAACAACAAUAUGGCGGCGAAAUAUGAAAGGAGAAAUGGUCUGUAAUGCUUGUGGGUUGUACUAUAAACUCCAUGGAGUAAAUCGCCCUGUCACAAUGCGAAGGGACACUAUUCAUACGCGUAGACGCAGGCCGAAAGGCGAAAAACCAACGAGACACAGAAAAAAAGGAGACGGAAAUUCAUCACAGCCUGAACAGUUGGAUUCGGAGAGUGCAGACAUGUUAGCAGCUCUUCGUAGGCAGAUCCAACCUCACCUUAUGAUGGCAGCAUUGACUCCUCCUCGUAUACCAGGAACUCAUCCUCCACCUACUUCUACCCCCCAACUGAACUAUCCACUCCCCCUUCCUGGGUAUAUGAUGCAUCAUUUGAAGAGCGAAGUGAUGGAACAGCAACGCAACAUUACAGAAGAAGCAGAUGAAGGGGAUGAAGAAAAUGUCUCGGAUGUACCGCUGAAUCUAGUUGCUACGUCGCUGUCGGUAGAUGCCCAGUGAGAGUUUCGUCUUGUUCACGAGAAGCGUAAAUAUAUAGUAUAAAAUGUAACUAAGAAUCUCUGCACAGACAUAGAUCUGUCCGGUGACACACAGGGUGUUAGCGGCAUGCUCUCUACAAGAUAUCAAGUAAUGAAUUACCUAUAUGAGAAAAGAAAAGAUGAAACAGGGAAUCGAAAUAUUGCACAGUAUUCCCAAAGCUGUGUGGCCUGGGGAACAAAACGCAAAUAAAUGAUGAUAUUAAUUCGCAGUAUUACCCUAAUUAUGAGAAGUUAUACGAAUUGUACAUAUGAAAACGAGAAAAUAUUUUUAUACUAAAUUUUCUAUGCUUGCAAGUGGUGAUAUAACGAUUGUAUAUACAAACUGUUUUUUGAUGUUGUGAAGUUCUUACAUAGAUAGAAGAAGCCUGUUUUUUAAUCAAUUAAUUAGUCGUAAUCGAAGUUAAGUUGACGGUAAAAAUGUGGUGCUGGAAUUACUGUUCAAGGUUUCCAAAAAAUUUAGAAGACGGAAAAAGAGAGAUAAGAACAAUCUAAAAGAGAUUCUUUGUGCUUGUUUUUGAUCAAAUGAUUAGUGAUCACUUUCUUGGUUGCCUUAAGCUCACUAAUUGGGUCAUAAACUAGCUCUUAAUCAAAUUGUUCCCUAGGCCAUUAGCUUUUUGACAACAUAAGCAAUCAUAAUACUCCAUUAAGUUAUAUAAUUUUAAGCUUUUUGCGAAUGACCCAGUUAAACUUUACUAGUGAUCGAAAUUUUAAUUUUAAUUUUUUUUUUUUUUUAAUCGUGAACAAGUGUAUACUUUUAGGACAGACAAAAAUUUACAAAGGGUAACAAGAAAUGUUGGUAGCGGGAAAGUUACCUUGCGUAUUAAUCGACGGUUAAUUGCUAAGACCUUAGUAUACUCACUAACUUAAAGUAACAUAUUUUUUAUUUCAUGUAGGAAUGUGAUGCCAGUAUCGUCUUAAUUACUGUAUUUUACUGCUUUUUGUUAGUUUCUCUUCGUUUUUUUUUCAUUUUUUUUUUUUCAUUUUUUUCUUCCUAUUAAAAAUCAUGGACAAUUUACUUACGGUAUAUUAUGAUUAAUAAUGUCUAGAGGUUGUAGAUUCUUUUCGAUACGUUUAACUUGUUUAAACACAGUGAAGUAAUACUCUUACCGAUUAUAUAUGAGCCGUCAAAAUGAACAGUAUCGUUACAAAAAAUUUUAAAAUAAGGACACAAACUAGUACUUAAAUGGUUUAAAAGCGUCACUACGUAAUCUGACUAUCCAAAAGCAAUAACGGAUCUGAUUAGAAUUACUUACAUUGGUCAUUUCGCAAUAAUACUCGUCAAUCGUCGCGAUGACUUUCUUAGCCCUUGACUUGCAGGAGCUUCAGGAAGUACGUAGGUAACGUUCUCCACUUAAUGCCGGAUUUUAAGAAUAAUCAACAUCACCGCUUUCACGCUACUGCUGCCAAUUAUACGACCACUUCCAAGUUUCAUGCAAAGACUUCCAGAUAGGUUUUGGUUGCCUCCAGGGAAUGCCCCCCAUUGUAAAAUAUUAUUAAACCUCGGAUAUUCGAAUGUUUUUAACUAACAACGUAUCAAAUUGUGAACUGACUAAAGUGUUCCCUGGUGGACUAGUAACUAAUGAAUGAAGAAUUUCAUUGUAAGCAUUUUCAUUUUUUAACAAAGCACCUGAGAGAUGCAGAAGGAAUCGUUGAUAAACAUAUUCCAGAUUGUACAGAUAACUGAUGUUGAUAAAACACAAAGAUAAGCAGCCUUAAAUAGUGCAUAAUAUUGUGGCCAGUGCAUCUACUCGCGUAUUGUUAUACUUAAUAUUGUAUACCUAAAUAACUUUGCCAAAAAUAGAUUUAGUUUUGUAACAUAGAAUAUAGUUAAGGGCAUAAAAAUUUUAUAUAUUUUCUUUUUCUCAUCGCGUCAUUGUAUUUUGUUUUUUACUUUAUUUAAAUAAUUUAAUUUUUUUUUUCUACUUCUCUCUUUCUCUCUCUCUCUUUCUCGGUAUCUCUCUAACUGUUUCUCACCAACAACUAAUAUCGGCGGAAGUUUUUGACACUCUGGAAAUUUAGUAUUGGCAGCAGCUGCCUAGUGGCUUAGCAUUAUACAUACAUAUAGUUGUUAUUCAAGAAGCCUUAUAAACACACGUGUAUAGAUUAUAGAUAUAUAUUAUACAAAAUAUAUAUUAUUCUAUAUUACUAUAUAUAUAAAUGAUAAUUAGCUAAGCGAUAGAGACAGUAUAGGGUAGCGGCAUAGUUAGGAACGGAUGAUCCAUGCAUGUGUUAUAAGACGAGUAUAUUUUCCACUGUGAUCUGAAUUUCAAACUUUGCUACUUCCACAAUAAGUAAUAUGUUAUCAAACUCAUACAAGCAGUAAAUUCAAUUCAUUCGAAAAUACGUUUCUGGCAUUUCGAAACUAACUUUCAAUUGCCUCAAUAAAUUUGUUUUUAUAUCUAUGUCAUUUCGCAAAUAUUUAAAAGGAAAGACAAUUACAUCUCUAAAAUGAAUAAAUAAAUUGAUUACAAGUUCGAGUAUAUUCACGGAUGAACUGUUUCAAGUCAUGUUAGUAUAACAAUCGUAGUGCACAACUUUCAUAUACUUCAAAAUUCCACAAAGGUAAAAUCAACUUGAGCAAGGAAACUCUUUAUGAAUUAACUGGGCCGCAAAGAGGUGUUGCACCACCAAUCGUGUUCGAUAUUUUCUCCGUUGUUACAUAAAAUGAAUAAUAGAAAAGAAAAACAUAAAUAAAUCACGUAGUAUCGAAAAAAUAUUUAGAUACAGAAUUCAGAGUUGAAUUUUGAACUUGAGAGCACACGUAACUCGACUCGUCAGCAGGAUUAUUUGAAUUCAUGUAUAUUGUAGUAUACUACAUAUACAUGGUCAAUUCUUUGAAGAUAUUCUUUUGAUCUGAACAAAUUUUUCGAAUGACCAUUUUCUACUACUACUGUAACUACUUUUACUAUACCCUGAGUUAACAAUAAAUAACCGCACGUAACGCAGCUAUACAUAAUUCAAAGCGGACAGUUUUUGUUAGGCAUUUUUAGACAUGUCUCUGCAGUUGGCAGAAUAAAUUAAAGAUAUUAUUAUUAUUAUUAUUAUUAUUAUUAUUAUUAUUAUUACUACUACUACUACUACUAUUAUACAUAGGUAGAUUAGUUUUGAGCUCUCUACUAAUACUGAAGCUGAAGUUAUUCUUUGUAACUAUACAUUGAUUGAGUAUUGCUAUUUUAUUAAUUAUAUUAAUUAAUUAAUGGUUAAUUAUAGAGUAUUCUAACAUUAUUAUUAUUAUUAUUAUUAUUAUUAUUAAUUAGUAACGAGUUUGCUAUGGUUUUGACAAUUUGGUUCAGGUAGUCGAGGCUUUUUUUAAUAGGUUUCUACAUCAGUAUUCCACUCCUUUAAUUUAAAUACUUUUAAGUUUUUUCUUUUCUUUUCUUUUUCUUUUUUUUUUUCUUUUUUACGUUGACACUACUUAAAAGGGUCACCUACGAAUCAUUACUUAAUUAUUAAAUUAUUUAGUUUUUUACAUUUAUUUUUACAACCCUAAUUAUUAUUUAAGCGAUAAAUUAUUACUUUUUAUUUGCACCAACGUUUGCGUCACAUUUGGCAGCGACUGGCUUAAUUUAUUCUACAUUAUAUUUUAUACAAACUGAUUUAUGUAUUUUUUUCUUUUUUUAAUCAGUCGAUUCAUAUACUUAGCCUUUUGCGUUAAUGGUCUUUGCAUACGAGUUCUUGAUGAUAAUAUUUGUCACAUGUUAUAGAUGGUAAUACGGCAAUGCUGUGAGUACAACACGUAAAGAGAUGGGCCAAAAUAGUCUUAACACCAUGUCGAACAUCUUAUUUCAUAAUAGUAUCAUUUUUUCGAUUAAAGUGUACUUGAUCUCACACUUGUAAGACAAUAGUUUUUUUCGUGGCAGGUAACCUCACAUGCCACAAAUCCUAUUUUCUGCGCUAUGUCCUUUCAGAAACGAAAAUAUUGUGUAGUUUUUAAAAGCACUAGCGCUUGAGAGUCGCCUUUUAAGCACUAGGACUCAUAAAAACUAUGAAGUAAUUGAGUUGUUGACGGAGAUAGCGUGGAAAAAUAUUUACAGAAAAGCCUUUUACCGAUUCUAUCAAUAUGAUAUUUUUAAAAACUUGGUAAUGAUAUCAUCCAUUUUUUCAUAAAUUAUUAUUCGUAUUUAUAAAAAUAAAUUCUAGAACGAAGCACUUACGCAGUGGUAUUGUGCACUUGUGAGUUGGUAAUGGAGAAUAAACCCCAAUUACGUUGUAAAA